UGCGGUGAAACGUGGGAAGCCACCACGACCGCUGCAUCCUCCUCGUUGUUCUACGAGUCAGGGAAAACGUUAUUUCCUUCUUUUUCCCUCACUUUCUCACAAGCCAAACAACACCGUUGCUUUUAACUCUCUCUUCCCCACUUCCUUUCUCUGUAAUAACAUUAUCCAUGGGGUCGCUGAAGAGAAAAUCAACAGAAGACCCGUCCGUCGAGCGCCUCUCUCCACAGAAACAACAGCGAGAAGACAGUGCUUUACUCAAUACGUUAGAAGAAUCCGUGGCUUGCAUACACGAUGUUUCGUACCCAGAGGGCUACGAGCCACGUUCUUCCUUUUCGUCUUCGCCCCGGAAAGAUUCGAAACCUGCAAAGGAGUUCCCGUUCACUCUCGACCCUUUCCAGUCCGAAGCAAUCAAAUGCCUCGACGCCGGGGAAUCUGUUAUGGUAUCAGCUCAUACAUCAGCAGGAAAGACUGUUGUGGCAUUAUAUGCUAUUGCCAUGUCAUUGCAAAACAAUCAACGAGUAAUAUACACUUCGCCUAUCAAGGCACUCAGCAACCAAAAGUAUAGAGAAUUUAAAGAAGAAUUCUCAGAUGUUGGUUUGAUGACUGGGGAUGUCACCAUUGAGCCCAAUGCUUCUUGCUUGGUAAUGACCACAGAAAUCUGGAGAAGUAUGCAAUACAAGGGAUCAGAAAUUAUACGGGAGGUGGCUUGGGUAAUUUUUGAUGAGGUACAUUACAUGCGUGAUAGGGAAAGAGGUGUGGUAUGGGAAGAAAGCAUUGUCAUGGCUCCAAGGAACUCACGAUUUGUAUUCCUCUCGGCAACUGUGCCUAAUGCAAAGGAAUUUGCUGAUUGGGUUGCAAAGGUCCAUCAGCAACCGUGUCACAUUGUUUAUACUGAUUAUCGGCCAACACCACUUCAGCAUUAUAUUUUUCCUUCUGGAGGCAAUGGUCUCUACUUGGUGGUGGAUGAAAAGGGAAAAUUUCGUGAGGAUAGCUUUCAGAAAGCUUUAAAUGCACUUGUUCCUGCUGGUGAAGGUGACAAGAAAAGAGAAAAUGGGAAAAGGCAGAAAGGACUGGUGGUGGGCAGAGCUGGUGAAGAAAGUGACAUUUUCAAGAUGGUGAAAAUGAUUAUUCAGCGUCAGUAUGAUCCCGUGAUACUUUUCAGCUUCAGUAAAAGGGAUUGCGAAUUUCUUGCAAUGCAGAUGGCAAGAAUGGAUUUAAAUGAUGACAAUGAGAAAGUGAACAUAGAAACUAUAUUCUGGAGUGCUAUGGACAUGCUUUCAGAUGAUGAUAAAAAGUUACCUCAGGUUUCAAAUAUGCUACCCCUCUUAAAACGUGGAAUAGGCGUGCACCAUUCUGGGUUGCUUCCCAUACUGAAGGAAGUGAUUGAGAUACUAUUUCAAGAAGGUCUCAUUAAGUGUUUGUUUGCCACAGAGACUUUCAGCAUUGGUUUGAACAUGCCAGCGAAGACUGUAGUGUUUACAAAUGUUCGUAAAUUUGAUGGGGAUAAAUUUAGAUGGAUAUCCAGUGGGGAGUUUAUACAGAUGAGUGGUCGUGCUGGUCGUCGAGGCAUUGAUGAACGGGGAAUAUGCAUCCUUAUGGUGGAUGAGAAGCUAGAACCUUCUACUGCUAAGAUGAUGCUCAAAGGAAGUGCUGAUUGCUUGAACAGUGCCUUCCAUUUAAGUUACAACAUGCUUCUGAAUCAAAUGCGAUCUGAGGAUGGUGAUCCUGAAAAGUUGCUUCGCAAUUCAUUUUAUCAAUUUCAAGCAGACCGUGCCAUUCCUGAUCUUGAGAAACAAGCAAAGAACCUUGAAGAAGAGAGGGAUUCAAUUAUAAUUGAGGAAGAAGAUAGUGUGGAGAAUUAUUACAACCUGAUACAGCAGUAUAGGAGUUUGAAGAAGGAUGUCUGUGAUAUUGUGUUUUCUCCAAGAUACUGCUUGCCCUUCUUGCAACCUGGAAGGCUUGUGUGCAUCCAAUGCACAAAGACUGAGGAAAAUUCCCCAUCUUUCUGUAUCAAGGACCAGACCACAUGGGCAGUGAUUAUCAAUUUUGAAAGGGUGAAAGGUACUGAAGAUGAUGCAAGUAGAAAACCAGAGGAUGCAGACUACACGGUGGAUGUUCUAACCAGAUGUACAGUUAGUAGGGAUGGAGUUUUAAAAAAGACAAUUAAGAUUGUUUCGUUGAAGGAGCCUGGAGAACCUGUUGUUGUUACUGUUCCUAUUUCUCAGAUUGAUAGUUUAAGUAGUGUCCGUCUGAUCAUAUCAAAGGAUCUUUUGCCAUUGGAAGCUCGAGAAAACACCCUGAAAAAGGUGUCGGAAGUUCUUUCUAGAUUUGCUAAAGAAGGGAUGCCCCUCCUAGAUCCUGAGGAAGACAUGAAGGUUCAAAGUAGCCAGUACAGAAAGGCUGUCCGUAGGAUAGAAGCUUUAGAGAGCUUGUUUGACAAGCAUGAAGUUGCAAAAUCUCCACUUAUUGAGCAGAAGCUUAAAGCUUUGCAUAUGAAGAAAGAAUUGAUGGCCAAGAUCAAGUCAAUUAAGAGAACAAUGCGCUCUUCCACUGCAUUGGCUUUCAAAGAUGAACUCAAGGCAAGGAAACGGGUUCUUCGGAAGCUAGGGUAUGUCACAAGUGACAACGUUGUGGAGUUGAAGGGGAAGGUUGCUUGUGAAAUCAGUAGUGCGGAUGAGUUGACUCUCACGGAGCUUAUGUUCAAUGGGGUUUUCAAAGACAUAAAGGUGGAGGAUAUGGUUUCUCUUCUGUCUUGUUUUGUGUGGCGGGAGAAGCUUCAAGAUGCUCAAAAGCCAAAGGAUGAACUUGAGUUGCUAUUUACACAGUUACAAGAUACAGCUAGGAGGGUUGCCAAAGUUCAGCUGGAGAGCAAGGUCCAAAUUGAUGUGGAGAGCUUUGUGAAUUCUUUCCGGCCUGAUAUCAUGGAGGCUGUGCAUGCUUGGGCCAAAGGGUCCAAAUUCUAUCAGAUUAUGGAAAUCACACAAGUGUUUGAAGGAAGCUUGAUCAGGGCUAUUAGGAGACUGGAGGAAGUUCUACAGCAACUCAUACAAGCAGCCAAAUCCAUUGGAGAAACUGAGCUUGAAGCAAAAUUUGAAGAGGCUGUUUCCAAGAUUAAGAGGGACAUAGUCUUUGCAGCAUCUCUGUACUUGUAGUUCUGCCGAGAAGAUUCAAUUUCUCUUUUUUACCUUGUUGAAGGAUUCAACAAAGCGAGAAUCUCUCUCUUUUUAAAGCAAUGGUGAAACAAUCUGCAAGCAGAUGCAUAUGGGAAAGUUGCAUUUGUGAUGAGAGAAACAAGGAGGAGAGACCCGUUUGGGGUUGGCAACCCACAAAGUUUUGGCUCUUGUUGACACAUGCUCCUUGGUGUCGUCUUCUAUAUUAUUUACUCAGUUGGGAAGAAGAAAAAGGUACAAAGGUUACUCAUUUGAGAUUAGUACGUGUGCUGGGCAGAUGGAGGUGAUCAUCUUAAACAUUCACAUAAGAGACCACAGCAGCAUAAUCUAGGAAAGGAAUUGCGUUUGAGAAUUUAUGUUUCAACAUCAGCUUGUACACCCUCUAUUUUGGCAGUCAUCGGUUAGAGGCUAGUACUGUGUGGUAUGUUAUAUUUUCACUAAUUAAGCACACUUCAUUUCCCAACCUCUAAAUUUUUACUACUUGUAUCAUUGGUAACAGAAGUUGAGCUUGGACGUGUCACAUUAUUAAUUAAUUUACACAUAAAUUGAGUUUUUGUACUAAUUUAUUGUUUGAGUCUACUUUAGAUGGGCCCAGGAGCAUUAGUAUUGGGUGUUUUUCUUUUA